CAGAACAUGAUAAAAUGCCAAAACUAUCAAAUGAAGAGGCAAAUUAUCUCAAAUUAAUCAUAUUCAUUAACACAAUUGCUACACCGUCUGUUAGAGUAAAAUUCAACCAACAUUUUCCGCCAACAUCACUUCCUACAACAUUAAAGAAUGAGGAGUCUAAGCUUAGAUCUAUGCGAGUGCUUAAUGCAAUGCAGUUGAGUCUCUUGUAUCCUGCAACUGGUGCAACACUAUCUGAAAACUUUGACAUCUCACUAAUGGUAUGUCUCUUGCGGAACCUAACACACAUAGUAUCUCCAUCAAAUGGAUUUGAUAAGCUUCCUGCAAAUAAUGAGAUACACGACGGAGCAGACUUAGCAAGAAUUAAACAUUAUCGAAAUUACAUAUUCCAUAGAAGCACGAUUCCAACACAACAGUUUAAUGAUAUAUGGACAGAUUUAACAGCGGCAGUGGUUCGUCUCGAUCCUAAAAGUAAUAAACAUUGUGAUACACUAGAAUCACAGAUUUUAACAAAUGAGUGCUUAUGUUAUGGACAGAUGGAAUAUUUUCCUCUUAUGUGUCAGCAGUAUACAACACGUCCUAUAACUGACCCAUUGAAUUUCUUCAAUAAUCCUUAUGAAAUAUUUGAACAAGAGAUAAUUGCUAUGAAAGAAGAAGACAAGCUGAAAUAUUGUGCAUUGUUAAUUUGUGUUCUAUUGAAUGCUUCUAUAAGAAAUCCAGAUAAAAACUGUGAAAGAUAUAUCCGUUUAGAUGCAAUGGAGAAUGACACAAACGCUCAUGAAACAGAGAUCUAUGGAACGCAGACAAAAUUUUCCAGAUUCCAACUUCAAAAUAUUUUCGAUCUUUGUGAACUCAAUCGAGAGACUCCGACUAAACUAAUAUUUCGGCAGUAUGAUUGCUUAUUAAAUACAUAUAUGAAAAAGACAGACAUAUAUUACACUUGUAUUCAUGAUAAAGUGUUUGAAUGUCUGUGUUAUUACUUUGGCAAAACAUUGCAAAGAGAUGUAAUUUUGUAUUCUGAUAGCAAAGUUAUAAGAGACCAUACGCAUAUUACUUCUUUGAAUGAGGAACAUGACACGUUUUCUAUUUUAGUAAAGACAAAAAAUGAAAAUCAAUAUUUCUUCAGGAUCAUUAAAGACAUAUUACAGGGGAAUAUUUAUGAUGUUUUCUGUAACAAUCAAAUGCAAUUUACAAGCUACAGAUCAAAAUUAAUCAAGUUUCUUUUAACUCUCUCUGACUCCAUGCUAAAUAGGUUGUUGACUACAAAGGAUGAAACACGUGAAAAUGGAACUGAUCCAGUUACAUCAUUGUAUAUUGUUUGUUAUAAAGGCUACUUGGAUUUAGCUGAAUUUAUAUUAGACCAUACGAAUAAUUAUUUUGAUCGCCGCUUUCAUCCAUUAAAUGCAGCAGCAUCUUCUGGUCAUUGUUAUUUGUUAGAGUUGAUGAUAUCUAGAGGAGCAAAGGUUAAUCAUCGUGAUAAAAGUGGCCAUACUCCCAUGACUAUGGCAUGCAUAAAUAAAUAUGAAGCAGCAGUAAAACUCCUUAUCGACAAAGGAGCUGACUUAAACAAAAGAACAAACAAAGGUCCAACUCCAUUGAUGUGGGUAUGCACCAGUAGUAACAAACAAUUGGCCGAAUUGCUCCUCUACCAUGGUGCUGAUAUAGACAAAGGUGAUUACGAAGGACAAACACCGGUAAUGCGAUCCCGCAAACGCUCAGCGCAUGAAAUGUUCGAUUUCCUCAUUUAUAAAGGUGCAAAUUUGAAUACAGGAGAUAAAAAUGCAUGGACGUCAUUAAUGUGGGCAUGUUUUUACGGGCAAACAGUUAUUGUAGACAUUUUAAUCCAAAAUAGAGCUGAUAUUAACCAGGUCAACGACGUAGGAUUAACAUCUUACAUGAUAGCGUGUAAAGGUGGUAAAGUAGAUAUUGUAAAACUUCUUAUUAAAAAGGGAGUUGAUUUAAACACAAGGGAUACAUUUGGUCGAACAGCAUUAAUGCUGGCCUGUACAGAAGGACACACUGAUAUAGUAAAUGUUUUGAUUGAGAACAGAGUCGAUAUAGAUUGUCAGGAUAUAUAUGGAGUAACUCCCUUGAUUGAAUUAUGUUCUCAAGGACAUUUACCAUUGGUUUGUAUUGUAUUAGAGGGUCAGGCUAAUUGUAAUAAAGCUGAUAAUGAAGGUUGGACUCCAUUGAUGGCGUCUUGUUUGAGUGAUAAUUAUAACCUCACAAAGUUAUUAGUUGAGCACGGAGCUGAUGUAAAUAAAAGAAAUAAGGAUGGUGAAACUGCUCUUUUGGUUGUGUGUAUAGGUGUUAUAAACAGAAAAAAUGCUGGUUAUAUCGACACGAGGGUUUACAGCAAGGUUUACGAGAAUGUUAAUAAACGUGACCCUAAAAUUAAUCAAGUUCGACGUACAAUAAUAAAAUUUCUACUAUCCAAAGGAGCCAUCAUCGAUCAACAAGAUAACUGUGGGUGGUCAGCAUUAAUGUGGGCUUGCAAAAACAAUUACAUAGAAAUAGCUUCUUUGCUCAUUGAAAAAGGUGCAAAUAUGUAUCAUAUUUCUUACGAUGGAAAAUCAAUUCUACAAAAGGCAUUAAAAAAAGAAGAAAAGGCUAUUAUUGUGUUGCUUUUCCGCAAUGGUAUUUCUGAAUUGAAGGAACUCAUGCAUGCAAUCAAAGACAACGAUAAGAAAACGGUUGAUUUUUUAAUUGAUGAUAAAAAACAAAGUUUUCUUGAAAUGGACGGGAAAACUGAGAAAAGUAAAACUUUGAUAAACGGGUGCGAUCCUUUUGGUUACACCCCUCUUAUAAUAUCUUGCCGUGCCCGAAAUAUUGAAAUUACUCAGUACUUAAUCAAUAAGGGGGCCGAUGUAAAUAUGUCUUCUUAUGGUGGCUUAACGGCUUUAAGGGAAGCGUGUUUAAACAAAGAAACAGAACUUGUUUCACUUUUGAUAGAAGCCGGGGCAAAUGUAUACAGAGACCUAGUGUUAGCUUUUAAUAUGAAGGAAACUACAAUAAUAAAUCUCCUGCUUAGAACAAUGCCGAACAUAAAUGAAAUAUUAUACAAAAGUUGUAAAUUACAUGAAACUGAUUUUGCUUAUUUUCUAAUUGAAAAUGGUGCAGAUAUUGACUACAGGGUGGUAGACCGACGCAAUACGCACUGGUUAGCAGAGUGCAUUGAUCCUUCAACAGCUCUACUGUCAGCAUGUCGAUGUAAUAAGAUAUGCAUUACCAGAGUUCUGUUAGAAUUAGGAGCGAAUGUUAAUAUUUUGUCCGAAAACAAAACAACUCCGUUAAUGUGGGCAAGUUACAGGUCUUAUACAGAUAUUGUACGUUUGCUUGUAAGAAGAGGAGCGAAUGUCAAUGAUAUCGAUGAAAAUGGUUGGAAUUCUUUAAGAUGGGCUUUAAAAGGACGAAAUAUGAAAAAUGUUGAUUAUUUAAUUAGAAUAGGUGCCUAUAUUGAAACAAUUUUUUUAAGCGCUAUGCGAGACAAUGAUACAUGGAUCAUUGAUACGUUGGUAAAAAAUGGAGGAAAUCUAGACCGCUUGCUGACUAUUUCAUGUGAAUAUGGCGAUGAAAGCACUGUUGAGAAAUUGCUUUCUAAUGGUGCUGAUAUUCACCAUCAAGAUAAAAAUAUGUGGACGCCUUUGAUGAGGGCGUGUAAGUUCGACAACAAACCCAUUAUUUCAUUAUUAUUGAAACGAGGGUCUUUUGUUAAUAACGAUCUUCUUACUGCUGUUAAAAUAGGAGAAAAUACUUUAACAAAAUCUUUAAUUGAAGCAGGUGGCGAUUUGAAUAAGAUUUUUAUUGAAUCAUGUGACAAAAAAGACGGAAACACACAGCAAUUACUUAUUCAGCACGGUGUAAAUAUGUAUGAAGCUCUCCAUUUCGCGUGUUGCUCUAAUAACUUAAAUGCAAUCUGUAAAAUUCUAAAGUUUGAUUUUGACAUUGAUGAAUGCAAUGAAAAUGGUUUCACUCCCUUAAUGACCGCUUGCAAGCAUUCAACCGACGAAAUAUUUCAGUUUUUAGUGAAAAAUGGUAGGGCCAGCAUUUUUCAAUCACUUAAAUGUGCCCAUGAAAAAGUAGGGAACUCAUUUUGUAAAUCAUUGAUGGGAAAGUGUGGAAAUGAGGAGUUGGUAGAGACAUUAUUUGAGGCAUCAAAAAUUGGACAUUAUGAUAUAAUUCAACUACUAAUUGAAAAGAACGUAACCUUGAAUCAAACUAAUGAAUGGCAAGAUACUCCUUUAAUACUGGCAUGUAAAAUUGAUUAUCAAUGUCUUGCAGAAUUACUGAUAAACAACGGAGCAGAUACUGGGGAGGCAUUUAUAUGGGCUUUCAAACAUAAUGAUGUAGAAUCAACUAGGUUAUUGAUAGUAUGUGGUGCCGAUGUGCACAAAGUUGAUCCUAUUGAAUGGAGUCCACUGACAUGGGCAUGCUUUAUCAGACAAGAAAACAUUACAAAAAUCUUAGACGGGAAUUAG